AUGGUCGGUGACAGCACAACUCAAAAUAAGUCCGAGCUUAACAUUCUAGAGAAGAUGUCACCCAAAAAGUUGGUUAUGCUAGCGUUUAUCCCCAUCUCCUUGAAGUUCUUGGUUACUGCUUCCAAGUCCUUGCCAAGUUUUAAUUCAUUUUCACCGUACAAAAACUCGUUUGGUUUGAAAACCUGCGCUGUAGAUGUGGCAGACGAGCAGUUUGUUUUUUCAUAUGAUUCGCGCGUGAAAUGUGUAGCGAUGUGUUCUGCGGUGGUUGGUUGCGUCGGCUGCAACUACCACCUCGAGAGAAGAGUCUGUCAACUCUUCAAAAAUCGAACCAAACUUGGUCAAGUGCAUGAUGCUGCAGGCCUGUGCACUUUCUACGAAAAAUCAGGCAACCAACUUCUACAUGACGAAUUCAGCGCCAGGUACAUAAACUGCUACGUGGAUGUGAAGACGGACAGGGACCUGCUCCAGCUUGCUAUUGAUAAUCAGAUGAGUCGGGCCUGGUGUCUCCUCUACUGUCUCAACCUCAACUACACCUUCUUUGGACUUCAGGCAAUUUUUAUUUUAUUGAUUUGA